AUGGGCUCGCUGGGGCGCUGCCUGACCCGGAGCCUCCCGCGGGGACAGCCGGGCCUGAACACCCCCGGGCCCCGCUGCUACGGCUCUGCCCCCCCGGCGCUGCAGGAGAAGACGCUGGUGGUGGCCAAGCCGGACGCGCUGCAGCGGCGGCUGCUGGGGGACAUCAUCCAGCGCUUCGAACGCCGCGGCUUCAAACUGGUGGCCAUGAAGCUGCUCCAGGCGGACCGGAGGCUCGUGGACCAGCACUACGAGCAGCUGCGGCUGAAACCCUUCUACCCCGCGCUCGUCGCCUACAUGACCUCGGGGCCGGUGGUGGCCAUGGUUUGGGAGGGAUACAACGUGGUGAGGUGCACGCGGGCCAUGGUUGGGGACAGCAGCGCCGUGGGGACCAUCCGGGGGGACCUCAGCGUGCACAUCACCAGGAACGUAGUCCAUGCCAGUGACUCCGUGGAGAUGGCCCAGCGGGAGAUCGGCUUCUGGUUCCAGCGGGACGAGCUGGUGGCCUGGGACAGCAAGGACAGGGACAACAUCUACGGGCUCUAG